AUGCACAAGUUCCACUGCUCUCGAACGUUCACAGCGACUCAACUUACCCCGCGCUCUGAAGAGCCUGAUGAUGGCAUCAAUGCCUUAGCUGACACGGACCUGAUUGACACCAUGCCAAUGGUACCGCCAAUUGAUCAAGACCUGCCACCGAUGCCCGAUGUUUCUUUAUCGAGUGGCGGACGACCGAGAAGAUUACAACGCCGUCUACCAGCUCGAUAUCGAGAUGAUCCACCAUCAAUUCCACCAACUCUCCCCCCGGGCCCCCCUUCUGCUACAUCUGAAAUACUGGCGCCAGCUGCAAACUCGAGUCGCUCCACGUCGAUUUGGUUUCAAACACCAACAAACGACACUGGUAUCUAUCGCCUAUAUCCUCGAAAGCCAACACACGACCCAGAUGCAUCUGCAUCCCUUCAGGACAUAUGGGAUCGCGAACCUGCAGAGUCCGGUGCGAAUGAGGAUGAACCUCCCCUGGGUUCAGAUGCUCCAGCGGAGCCAGAGAAAUUGCAACCGUGGUCCCCUUUUCCUAUUGCAAGCAUUGCACGUUUGAUGUGUUGGUUUCACGCCGGUUCUACACAGAAGUCCAACGCAGAGCUUGAUACACUGGUAAAAGGGGUGUUACUUCGCAACGACUUCAGCACAGAAGACCUCAGAGGAUUCAGUACCAAAGCUGAGCAUAACCGCCUUGACGACGCCGCUGAUCCAAAGAUUAAUCCCAUGAACCGCCUGUUCCCUCACCAUGGUGGUUGGGAACGACGCUCGGUCAAGAUAGCCCUUCCGGCGCCUAAACCCGACGUUCAAACGCUCGCAUUAUUGGGGCCUCCACUGUCAACGCACAUUUGA